AUGAAGCUGUUUCUGGUUCUCAUUAUUCUGCUGUUUGAGGUACUCACAGAUGGGGCAAGACUCAAAAAAUGCUUCAAUAAUGUAACAGGCUAUUGCAGGAAGAAAUGCAAGGUAGGAGAAAGAUAUGAAAUAGGAUGUCUAAGUGGGAAACUACGUUGUGCUAAUGAUGAAGAAGAGAAAAACGUGUCAUUUAAGAAGCCACAUCAACAUUCUGGUGAGAAGCUGAGUGUGCUGCAGGAUUACAUCAUCUUACCCACCAUCACCAUUUUCACAGUCUAA